AUGUCUGCCCCCGCUGCUUUCUCUGACAUCGCCAAGGCGACCAACGAUCUCCUGAACAAGGAUUUCUACCACGCCGCUGCCGCCAACCUUGAGGUUAAGUCCAAGGCCCCCAACGGUGUCACCUUCACCGUCAAGGGAAAGUCUGCCCACGAGGGUCCCAUUGCUGGCCAGCUCGAGGCCAAAUACGUUGACGCGCCCACUGGUAAAGACCCCUUGAAAAAUCCCCCGGAUCCCGACGCGCGCGUGGUUCCCAAACCCUUGCAAUAUGGAUGCCGGAUCCCAUUAGCGCGCGGGCUGAAUCUGUUUAUUCUUUCGACCUUCCCACGUCACAGUGUAAGGCUAAUAUACUCCCACCGACCAGGCCUCACCCUCACCCAGGCGUGGACCACCUCCAACGCCCUCGACACCAAGCUCGAGCUCGACAACAACAUCGCCAAGGGCCUCAAGGCUGAGAUCCUCACCCAGUACCAGCCCGCUAAGCAGUCCAAGGGCGCCAAGCUCAACCUGUACUUCAAGCAGCCCAACCUGAACGCCCGUGCCUUCUUCGACCUCCUGAACGGCCCUACCGCCAACUUCGACGCUGUUCUCGGCCACGAGGGCUUCCUCGUCGGUGCUGAGGGUGGCUACGACGUCAACAAGGCCGCUAUCACCAAGUACUCCGCUGCCGUCGGCUACAGCGUUGCCCAGUACUCCGCUGCCAUCACCGCCAGCAACAACCUCUCCCUCUUCUCCGCCAGCUACUACCACCGCGUCAACGCUCAGGUUGAGGCCGGUGCCAAGGCUUCCUGGGACUCCACCUCCGGCAACGCUGUCGGUCUCGAGGUUGCCAGCAAGUACCGCCUUGACCCCUCUUCCUUCGCCAAGGCCAAGAUCAACGACCGUGGUAUCGCCGCUCUGGCCUACAACGUUCUCCUCCGCCCCGGUGUCACUCUCGGCCUCGGUGCUUCCCUCGACACCCAGAACCUUAACCAGGCUGCCCACAAGGUCGGCGCCAGCUUCACCUUCGAGGCUUAA